AUGAAUGACGGUACACUCAUCAUUCGUGGAGAGAAGGUUCCUUCACGAAAUGUAGGCGGUUCUGGUUUUGUUGUGCACCCAUCUGUCGUUCAUCUUGUGUACUCUCACGAGAUCCUGUCACCUCGUCCGGCUAUUCUUCGCGUCCGUCCUCUGCGCCAAAAACCCAUCAGUAUCAUCAACUGCUACUCACCAACAUCAGCAGUUGAUGAUUCCCAAUUGGACGCGUUUUACGGGGAGUUGGAGGAAGUAAUCCGCAACGAGAAGUCCUACAAAUUCGUUGUCGGAGACUUCAACGCAAAACUAGGGAAGGCCACAGAAGAGGGUUACAGGAUUGGAAGAUUUGGACUAGGGGAGCUUAAUGAAAAUGGCAAUCGUCUCGCCGGGCCGUUGUCCGCCGCUCGCCUCUUUCAUGGGAAUUCUAUUUUCAUGAAAUAA